AUGUCUCAAGUUUGGCUCAUCACAGGAACCUCUUCCGGUCUAGGUCAUGAGCUUGCCAGAGCCGUACUAGGUCGUGGGGAUAAGGUUAUCGCCACAGCGCGGCAGUUAGACCAAAUCUCUUCUCUGAAAGAACUCGGAGCCGCCACCUUACAGCUGGACGUGACCGCGCCCCAGGAGGAGCUAAACCGUAGGGCCGAGGAGGCGAUCGGAAUCUAUGGUAGGAUUGAUGUCCUCGUCAGCAAUGCCGGAUAUGUGCAAUUUGGCACGAUUGAGGAGACCAGCCACGAUGAAUGGUUCAAACAGUUCAACACAAACGUUUUCGGAACAAUCAACACCACCCGAUCGUUUUUGCCACACAUGAGAAGAAGAAAGUCUGGAGUCAUCGUCUUCAUUGGAUCUAUGGUUGCGUGGGAUGGUGCUCCAACUGUCGGAACAUAUGCCGCUUCCAAGGCUGCGAUUCAUUAUGCUGUUGAUGCCCUCUCUAAAGAGGUAGCACCAAUGGGAUUGAAGACCCUCCUCAUUGAACCGGGCACCUUCAUGACCGACUUUUUGUCUCGGCAGAACUCCAAGUCUGUCGAACAACGGAUUGAGGACUAUCGCGAACUAUCGGAAAAUAUGGACAAGGCCUUUGCGGACUUGAACGGAAAACAGCUUGGGGAUCCGAAGAAAGGUGUCAACAUAAUCAUUGAUGUUGUUAAGGGGGAGGCUGGAGCUGUGGUGAAGACAUGGCCGAGUUCAUUGCCCCUGGGGUCUGAUGCUAUUGAAGUUAUUCGCAAAAAGUGCGAAAAUACCCUGCGAGAAAUUUAUGAGUGGGAGAUAUUGUCAAAAUCGACAGAUUUCUAG